GAGAACUCAGAGGACUCCGCUGGUCCGCUGUCCUCUGCGCAGCUCUGCCAUCUGCGCCUGCUCCCCUCCGCCGGCCAUUACCACCCCAAGAAAGCGAGGAAGCCUCGCGCGCGCGGCGCCGCCAUGCUCCCGCCGUUCUCCAACCCGCUCUGGGUGCAGGACGACUGCGACGCGCAGCAGCAGCAGCAGCAGCUGGACGCGCCGCCGCCGACGCCGAUGAUGCUGGGGACGACGCAGGCGCUGGGGCACGAGCAGCAGAAGCUCCUGUGCCUGGCCAACGCCGCCGACAUGGGGGGCGGGGUUUUCAGCACGCCGUCGGUGCUCGACGACGACUGGUACUUCAACCCCGCGGCGGCCGGCGCCGGCGCGCAGGGGUCCUUGCUCCUGGCGCCGCCGGUGCAGGGGUCCGCGGGGCUCUCGCUCGGGGCCGGCUCGUCGCAGAUGUUCUCGCUCUUCAACAUGGGCGGCGGCGCGCAGUACGACCUCCACGGGUUCGACCUCGGCCUCUCCGGCGGCGGCGGCGGCGUGUCCGGGGCCGACCUGGUUUCGUUCGCCGGCGCCGGGAGCGCGGCGAAUUCUGCGUCUUUGCCCCUGAUCCCGUCCGGGAACGCCGGCUUCCUCGGCUCGUUCGGCGGCUUCGGCACCGCGCCGGCGCAAAUGCCGGAGUUCGGCGGGCUCGGUGGGUUCGACAUGUUCAGCAACGGCGCCGGCUCCUCCGCCGCGGCGCCGCCCCCUGCCUCGGCGCCCCUGUCUGCGCCGUUCUCCGCGCGCGGGAAGGCGGCGGUGCUCCGCCCGCUGGAGAUCUUCCCGCCCGUGGGCGCGCAGCCGACGCUGUUCCAGAAGCGCGCUCUCCGCCGUAACGCCAGCGAGGAGGACGACGACAAGAAGCGCAAGGCGGAGGCCCUCGCCGCGGCCGCGGGAGCGUCCUCGGCUGGCGGCGGCGACGCAGUACUGGACGACGCCGACGAUGAUGACGGCGGGAGCAUCGACGCGUCCGGGCUCAACUACGACUCCGAGGACGCGAGGGGCGUCGAGGAGAGCGGCAAGAAGGACGACAAGGACUCCAACGCCAACAGCACGGUGACUGCCGGUGGCGCGGGCGACGGGAAGGGCAAGAGGAAGGGGAUGCCGGCCAAGAACCUCAUGGCGGAGCGCCGUCGCCGGAAGAAGCUCAAUGACCGCCUCUACAUGCUCCGGUCAGUCGUGCCCAAGAUCAGCAAGAUGGACAGGGCUUCCAUUCUUGGAGACGCAAUCGAGUACCUGAAGGAGCUGCUGCAGAAGAUCAAUGAUCUUCAGAAUGAGCUUGAGUCGCCCCCUUCCACAGCCUCACUGCCUCCAACACCAACAAGCUUCCACCCUCUGACUCCGACGCUUCCCACUCUGCCGUCUCGUGUGAAGGAAGAGCUGUGCACAAGCGCAUUGCCAAGCCCUACUUCACAGCAACCUAGGGUUGAGGUAAGGAUGAGGGAAGGCCGAGCAGUGAACAUCCACAUGUUCUGUGCUCGCAGGCCUGGUCUUCUGCUUAAUGCUAUGAAGGCGAUCGAAGGCCUUGGCCUCGACGUCCAGCAGGCUGUUGUCAGUUGCUUCAAUGGAUUCACCCUAGACGUCUUCAAGGCUGAGCUGUGCAAGGAUGGCCCUGGGCUCAUGCCGGAGGAAAUCAAGACCGUCCUCCUGCAAUCCACCGGAUUCCAUGGCGUGAUGUAGGACAAGAAGACGGCUCAACCAAACCGCAAGAAAAAAAGAAAACAACGUAGCUAAGGAAUUCACAAGCUCAGGUGUCUCCGGUUCCAGGGGGUGACAGAACCAGCUUUGGUCUUUUAACAGUUUGGGGAGACCCUCUCAGGGUUCUUAGACCCAAAUUCCAUCCAUCCAUCAGCUUUUAAUUAGAGUCUUAGAGUUUUUUUUAAAAAAAAUAAUGUCAGUAUUCUCCUAGCCUGUCCUAGUUCUUCUUGGUACAUGCUUUUUGCCUUGUGUAGUCCUGCACUCCUGCUGCAACUCCGAACCAAAGUCUGCGUCGAUCGUAAAGUGGAAAAUCUGUUUCCGUUCUUAAACAGCUUUAAGUUAAGGUUAAUCCUCUGUCUGGUCUGCCUUUUUUCC